AUGCAUUAUUCUACACAACCAACAUUUACUGAAGUGGAAAGUGCAGCUUCUGAAUCUGAUCAAACAAGCAAUGCUGAUGUUGGCUUUACUAUGGUUGACUCUAAUGAAACUGUUACAGUAGUUUCCAAGUUUUCAUCUACUCAACAUCAAGAUGAAGACUUUUAUUAUGAGGAUAUGGAUAUUUCAGCAAACGCUGAUUAUGAUUCGGUCAACAUCCACUUUAGAGAAUCCGUUUGGGGAUUUAACAUCAUUUGUUCCACAUCCACAAAAACAAGCAGCUGCAGUUUGGCCAGGAGAGGAGACAUUAAAGUGAAGGCGUUAGUUGCAGCUAAGGCUGCAAAGAUACGCCAAGAAAAACAGGAGAAUGAGAGGAACUGGAAGAAAGAAGCAUUUCGGAUGUAG